UCUCCCUCCGCCACCCGAGCACCUGCCGCGCUCUGAGCUGCCCCCGGGGUCCCUCCCCCGCCGCCAGAGGCGCAGCUGCCGCGCCGCCAGCAGCACAUUAGGAGGGAGAAAGGAAGGAGAGAGGGGAGGAAGGGGAGCUGGAGCGACUGCCCAGAGGGAGCCAGUGAAUGGGCUGGUGGUGACCCCCGCCCCCACCCCACCCUCCCUUCCCACCCGACCCCCAACCCCCAUCCCCAGUUUGAGCCGCCGCCCGAAAGGCCGGACCAUCGUCUUAGGAGGAGUCGCCACCGCCACCUCCGCCAUGGAGCUGAUCACCAUCCUCGAGAAGACUGUGUCUCCCGAUCGGGUGGAGCUGGAAGCGGCACAGAAGUUCCUGGAGCGUGGCGUAGAGAACCUGCCCACUUUCCUUGUGGAACUGUCCAGAGUGCUGGCAAAUCCAGGAAAGGUUGCCCGAGUUGCAGCGGGCCUACAAAUCAAGAACUCUUUGACAUCUAAAGAUCCAGAUAUCAAGGCACAGUAUCAGCAGAGAUGGCUUGCUAUUGAUGCUAAUGCUCGACAGGAAGUCAAGAACUAUGUUUUACAGACUUUGGGCACAGAAACUUACCGGCCUAGUUCUGCCUCACAGGGUGUGGCUGGUAUUGCUUGUGCAGAGAUCCCAGUAAACCAUUGGCCAGAACUCAUUCCUCAGUUGGUGGCCAAUGUCACAAAUCCCCACAGCACAGAGCACAUGAAAGAGUCAACGCUGGAAGCUAUCGGUUACAUUUGCCAAGAUAUAGACCCAGAGCGGCUACAGGAUAAAUCCAAUGAGAUUCUGACUGCCAUAAUCCAGGGGAUGAGAAAAGAAGAGCCUAGUAAUAAUGCGAAGCGCGCUACUAAUGCACUCCUGAACUCACUGGAGUUCACCAAAGCAAACUUUGAUAAAGAGUCUGAAAGGCACUUUAUUAUGCAGGUGGUCUGUGAAGCCACACAGUGUCCAGAUACAAGGGUACGAGUGGCUGCUUUACAGAAUCUGGUGAAGAUAAUGUCCUUAUAUUAUCAGUAUAUGGAGACAUAUAUGGGUCCUGCUCUUUUUGCAAUCACAUUUGAAGCAAUGAAAAGUGACAUUGAUGAAGUAGCCCUGCAAGGGAUAGAAUUCUGGUCCAACGUUUGUGAUGAGGAAAUGGAUUUGGCCAUUGAAGCCUCAGAGGCAGCAGAACAAGGACGGCCCCCUGAGCACACUAGCAAGUUUUAUGCCAAGGGAGCACUACAAUAUUUGGUUCCAAUCCUCACACAGACACUAACUAAACAGGAUGAAAAUGAUGAUUAUAAUGACUGGAACCCCUGCAAAGCAGCAGGGGUGUGCCUCAUGCUUUUGGCCACCUGCUGUGAAGAUGAUAUUGUCCCACAUGUCCUCCCUUUCAUUAAAGAACACAUCAAGAACCCAGAUUGGCGAUUCCGAGAUGCAGCAGUGAUGGCUUUUGGAUGUAUCUUGGAAGGACCAGAGCCCAAUCAGCUCAAACCACUAGUUAUACAGGCUAUGCCCACCCUAAUAGAAUUAAUGAAAGACCCCAGCAUAGUUGUUCGAGAUACAACUGCUUGGACUGUAGGCAGAAUUUGUGAACUGCUCCCUGAAGCUGCCAUCAAUGAUGUCUAAUUGACACCCCUGCUGCAGUGUCUGAUUGAGGGCCUCAGUGCUGAACCCAGAGUGGCUUCUAAUGUGUGCUGGGCUUUUUCCAGUCUGUCUGAAGCUGCUUAUGAAGCUGCAGAUGUUGCUGAUGAUCAGGAAGAACCAGCUACUUCUUCAUUUGAACUCAUAGUUCAGAAGCUCCUGGAGACCACAGAUAGACCUGAUGGACACCAGAACAACCUGAGGAGUUCUGCAUAUGAAUCUCUAAUGGAAAUUGUGAAAAACAGUGCUAAGGAUUGUUACCCUGCAGUUCAAAAAACUACUUUGGUCAUCAUGGAGCGACUACAACAGGUGCUUCAGAUGGAGUCACAUAUCCAGAGUACAUCUGAUAGGAUCCAGUUCAAUGACCUUCAGUCUUUACUCUGCGCAACUCUUCAGAAUGUUCUUAGGAAAGUGCAACAUCAAGAUGCUUUGAAAAUCUCUGAUGUGGUCAUGGCCUCCCUGUUAAGGAUGUUCCAAAGCACAGCUGGGUCUGGGGGAGUGCAAGAAGAUGCCCUGAUGGCAGUCAGCACACUGGUGGAAGUGUUGGGUGGUGAAUUCCUCAAGUACAUGGAGGCCUUUAAACCCUUCUUGGGCAUUGGAUUGAAAAAAUAUGCUGAGUACCAGGUUUGUUUGGCAGCUGUGGGCUUAGUAGGAGACUUAUGCCGUGCCCUGCAAUCCAACAUCAUACCUUUCUGUGAUGAGGUGAUGCAGCUACUGCUAGAGAACUUGGGGAAUGAGAAUGUACACAGGUCUGUGAAGCCACAGAUUCUGUCAGUGUUUGGUGAUAUUGCCCUUGCUAUUGGUGGAGAGUUUAAAAAAUACUUAGAGGUUGUAUUGAAUACUCUCCAGCAGGCCUCCCAAGCCCAGGUGGACAAGUCAGACUAUGACAUGGUGGAUUAUCUGAAUGAGCUAAGGGAAGGCUGCUUGGAAGCCUAUACCGGAAUCGUCCAGGGAUUGAAGGGGGAUCAGGAGAAUGUACACCCGGAUGUGAUGCUGGUACAACCCCGAGUAGAAUUUAUUCUGUCUUUCAUUGACCACAUUGCUGGAGAUGAAGAUCAUACAGAUGGAGUAGUAGCUUGUGCUGCUGGACUAAUAGGGGACUUAUGUACAGCAUUUGGGAAGGAUGUACUGAAAUUAGUAGAAGCUAGGCCAAUGAUCCAUGAAUUGUUAACUGAAGGACGGAGAUCAAAGACUAACAAGGUAGAAACCCUUGCUACAUGGGCAACAAAAGAACUGAGGAAACUGAAGAACCAAUCUUGAUCUGUUACCAUUGGGAUGAUAACCUGAGGACCCCCCUGGAAAUCUGCAAUCUUUUGAAAACCCGGAAGUGAGGAGUGUGCACGAAUGCUGAAUGUUUGGGAAUGAGAGGAUGAGUGAGUGAAGCUUGAAAACACACCACACUGAAAAUCCUGCCACAGCAGCAGCCGCAGCCACCAACAGCAGCACUGUUAGUGAGCUAAGUAAGCACUGACUUCAUAGAAAACCAUAACAUCGGCCAUCUUGAAAAGAGAAAAACAGUGGAUUUACUUGCUUAUUAAAAAAGAAAGAAAGCUAUCUCUUCCCAGGAGAGGCUAGAACUAGCUUUUCUGUCUUUUGGCCGGUGCCGAGUGGAAUGACUGGUUUUGGGAGAGAAGGAGGGACUGGGUUCAGCUGUGGUGCUUUGUUGUAAAAGGCAGCCUUGCCUUUGCUACUGAGGAGAAAGAUGGAGCCUGGGUCUCCAGCCCCCCUUUGCUGUACCUUUGCCAUACGGUACUGUAUGCUUGCUGGCUAGAAGGAGGGUGCGGGUUUUUUUUAAAGUCUGAGAAUGAAUGUGUGUGAGUGAGGUGGUAUCCACAUUCUCAACUUCAAGUCAUUGCAGUUUCUUUUCCCCAGAAAACAAGGGGUUAGAUGUUGCAUUUCAUAAAACUAACUGAAGUUCUGUCUACCGAUGCAGCACAAGAGAUGUAAAAAAAAAAAAAAAAACCCAGAAAAAAAAAGGAAAGAUGCUCUUUAGGUUUUGUUUUGUUUUGUUAAUUAUUCUAGGGAAAACACUGACGAAUGUUCAGAGCUCCUAUCCUGAUCUUUUCAUCAAGGCGCCUUUCCUAAUAAUAUGGUUCAACUGUGAAUGUAGAAGUGGGGGAAGGGGGGAGAAAAAGAAAACUCUGGAGUUAGAGGUUAUAGAAAAAUAAAAGUACAAUUGUUACAAAUAAAGAAUGCAGACUUCAAAAACAAGAAAGUCACAACCCAAACCAAAAUUUAAAUGCUCAGAAUUGGCAGCACAAGAGAAAAGCUCUCUCCUGACUUAGUAUUGUGGCAGUCUGAACGCCCCCAGAAAAUUGUGCCAAAGAAUUUAGAAAACAUAUACAAUAAAAGUAAAUACA